AUGGAAUCAAUUCCGAGUAAAUCUCAACAUCAACUAGGUAAUCGUUCAGAAUUUACACAAACUAAUAAUUUUUAUGUUUUUGCAUUCAUCUGUCAAAUACAACAAAAUGAGUUAAGAAAAUGCAUUAAAUUUGGCAACAUGCUUUAUGGAUCGACAAUAGCAGAAGAUAUCAAUAAUUGCUCAGAAACUGCAAAUAACGGACUUUGA